AUGGGCAGCUCCGACGGCCACUGGCACGGAGGCAGGAAGCCAGGCUCCAGCAACCAAGCUGCUGGCCUGGCCGAGCCCCAGGCUGUGCUGCUCUGCUGGGGCCUGACCCUCAGGUGCUCCGUGAUCCCCCUGAAGGAUUCGGAGCACAAGCUGCUGCCUCUGCACUUUGCGGUGGACCCAGGGAAGGACUGGGAGUGGCGGAAAGACGACAACGAUAAUUCCUCUCUCUCUAGCCUGAUCCUGUCGCUAGAAGCCAAGCUGAACCUUCUACACAGCUACAUGAAUGUGACGUGGGUCCGGAUCCCCUCCGAGACCCGGGCCCCUCUGGCGCAGCCGGAGUCCCCGACGGCCUCGGCGGGGGAGGACGUGCAGUCCCUGCCCGACUCGCUGGACUCGGACCGCGACUCGCUGUGCAGCAACUCCAACAGCAAGAACGGCAAGAACUGCAAGGACAAGGAGAAGGAGAAGCAGCGCAAGGACAAGGACAAGAACCGCGCGGACUCCGUGGGCAUCCAGCUGAAGAAGAACAUGGGCGGCCUGGUGCACGGCCCGAUGAGCCGCUCCAAGUCAGCCAACGGCAAGCACGGCGACGCGCCCGAGCGCGGCAAGGAGGAGAAGGCCAAGGCGCGCAAGGGCAGCAAAGAGGAGUCGGGCGCCUCGGCCAGCACGUCGCCUUCGGAGAAGACCACGCCGUCGCCCACGGGCAAGGCAGCAGGCGCGUCGCCAGCCGACAUGGGCGGCGGGCCCCGCGGCGACGCCUGGAAGUACAGCACGGACGUGAAGCUGAACCUCCACAUCCUGCGCGCCGCCAUGCAGGGCGAGCGCAAGUUCAUCUUCGCCGGCCUGCUGCUCACCAGCCACCGGCACUAGUUCCACGAGAUGAUGAUCGGCUACUACCUGACCAGCGCGCAGGAGCGCUUCAGCGCCGAGCAGGAGCAGCGGCGCCGCGACGCCCCCGCCGCCUCCACGGCCAAGGGGCCGCCGCGCAGGUCUGAGGCCCAGGGCGGGCGGAGCCGUGAGCGCGCCUCGCCGGGCCCCCCGCAGCUGGUGCUCAAGCUCAAGGAGCGCCCGAACCCUCGGCCGGCGGCGGCGGCAGCGGCGCGGGCGCCAGCGGACCGGUCCCCGGGGGGCAGCCCCCAGGCGCCGGGGCGCCAGAGCGUUAACCACGUGGAGGCGGUGGGCGCGCGGGACAAGGCGUGCGCCCCGGCCGUGGGCGUGCUGCGGCCGUGCGCCUUGUACCCGCGACAGAGCCGCGAGCUGUCGUCGCUGAGCUACGGCCCGGCGCGCGCCGCCGCCCUGCGCACGGUCAACACGGUGGGGUUGAUGGCGCCCGUCCCAGGGGCCUUGCCCGGCGCGGCGGGGGCGGCGGGCGCGGCCGAGCGCAAGUCGCAGACCUACGCCAAUGGCUUCGGCUCGGCGCGCGACGGCCUGGAGUUCGCCGACGCGCCGGCCGCGCGCUCGAACGGUGAGGGCGGCCCGGGCGGCCGCCAGCGAGAGAAGUGCGCGUUCUACGGGCGCGCCGAGACCGAGCACUACUGCUCGUACUGCUGCCGCGAGGAGCGGCGGCGGCGGCGGCGCGAGGCCCCCCGCGGCCCGGCCCUGAGCGCGCGCCGCUGCGCCGCCGGCCGGGCUGUCCUCUCCGUGCUCGGUCACCUGCGUGCGAGCGGUGGUGCCACCCAGGGUUUCAAAGCGAACGCGCGGCCCCGGGACCGCGGUGGCGGCUCUGCCUCGGGCUCCCUCCCACCUGUGCCCCUCCCGGGCCCCUGGAGGACAGGACGCUUGGGCGCCCGCUGGCGCCCUGCCCCCGGCUCGAGCGACAUUCACACUGCCCUCAAAGCCGCGGGCGUCUGUAGGAUGGGCACCGGACAACCUACCUCGCAGGGCGCGCCUGAGAUCCGGGCCCCACCCCCACCAGGCUCCUCCCCCGGCCGCCUGAAAGGGCCCCAGUUCCUCCACCUGGUCACUGGCUGCUUCACCUGCGGGCGCCUGUGGGUGUCGCUCCUAUCAGACAGGAUGCCCUCCAUUCACGUAGUUUACAAAUAG